AUGUGUAUAGUGCUGGAGACGACGUGCAACCACGCCACGGGGUGUGGUAGCCCUGCCCAGUCGCACCGGGUUAUUGAUUCACCCCACAGCAUCCGGAGCCGGUUGUUAGCCCCAGCUGGCCCCAAACAGCUGAGCUUCGCCGUCGACGCUCGUUUGGAGGCGAAUUGUCAAUCGUUUGAUGCGUUAGCCGUCCCAAAAGCAUUGCCCAAACGAGACUGGCCGAGAGAUGAAAUCUAUAUUGAUGAUGACGAUUUGGAGGGAUCCGGAGGCGGUAAAGGAGAAGUUCGAGACGACUUAGAAUCGAGUGGAUCUGGUAAUGGUCCCACUGAUGAUGAAGACAACAUAGGAUCAGAUCCUUAUCCUGAAACACCAGUUGAAGAAACAACAAUUAGAAAGGAGUCUGCUCCACCUGCACCGCCUCCUCCAGAUACAACUAUAACUCAGACUCCACCUCCACCUGAAGAUCCAGUUGACAAAUACCCAAGCAUGAACCGAAAGCACGACGAAAGAGCUACAUCAUUCUUUGCUCAGCCUGGCAUUUUGGCAGCUGUGAUUGGUGGUGCUGUUGUUGGCCUGCUUUGUGCUAUCCUGGUUGUGAUGUUCAUUGUUUACCGAAUGCGUAAGAAGGAUGAAGGUUCGUAUGCGCUGGAUGAACCAAAAAGAUCACCAACUGUCAAUUCUUACACAAAAAAUUCAAAUAGAGAGUUCUACGCUUGAAGUGAAAGGAAAUAAAUUCAAGAAAUGGGUUUUAUGAGAAGUGAUAACGUACCAGAAAUGGUUAUUCCUUGAACUUUUGAGGAGUAAAUAUGAACUGAAUAUAAAGAAUGGUGAGACAGGAUGGCAUGAGUGUGUUUCCAAAGAAAAUGAAUUAACUGUGAGAAGAGUGUUCAUUUCUUAAGGCUGCUAUCCAGUGCAGGAACAAUAGUAAUAUUAGAGAUAUAACCACAGUCCGACUGUUCAUCACUCUAAUUAUUUGAGUGAAAGGCUCGAUUUGAUGUAAAUGCUUUUUUUAUUUAUUUCUUGCUGUGGACGAAAAGUGGUAAAUGAGUGAAUCAUUUAUUGAUUUCAGUUUGUAUCUGUAGAUAUGUCUUAUUUAUAUAAUUUUUUUAAAAACAUUUUCUUUUGUUGAAAAUUUUGUUCUUUUGUGAGAAAUCUAAAGUGUUCUGCUUUGUUGAUUUCUUACUGUUGUUUUUGCAUUUCAGAUACAUAUGAUCGCUUUUGAAGUUAGACUAAAGACAUAUCAAAACAUGCAAUUUACUGAGUACUUGGUGUUUUUAAACCAGUUAUUCAGCUUGAUUAACCUGUUGCGUUCAUCCUUGAAUGUGUUGCCAACACUCACUUUGUAAUUUCUUUCCAUUCUGCAACCGGAAAAUCAUCACAUCGUAAAUAACAGUUGUUAUAGGAAUAGCAUUUAUAUAUAGGAAUGUAUGAUUCAAAAGAUGAGCAGGCAUUUUGCAAAGAAUGGUAAACACAGGUACUUCCUUUUAUUGCCCAGUGGAUUGAAAAGACUCAACACUGUUGUGUAUGGAGAUAUAUAAAUGAUUUAUGUGUGUUAAAUAAAACCUGCACAAUACAAACAUUAGACAGGUGUGUAAAUAUUUUGUAAGUUGUUGCCUACAACUUAACAAAAUCAGGAAUUUAGGAAAGGCAAUGAUACCCAGUCCUCGUGUGAUGUCAGAGAGUGGUGUUCGUCAGUGUGCUAGAACUGUAAAGUGAAUCGAGACAUGGCUUGAAACAUGAAUGCGGUACGGCAAGCAGCAUAUGACAUUACUGUAUGUAUCUGGAAGUAGUCCCGAGUCCAGAGAUUCUUCACUGUAUUAUUCAUAAGGCUUCUGGAACUAAGCUAAUUUCAUACAAGCUAUAUCUGCCACAACUUUUUGCAAAUAUUUCAAAUGGGGAACAUUUAACAUAAGGAAAGGUCCAUAUUCUGGAAUAUGGAUUCUCCACUGGUAACUCAAUUUGUAUACCCAUUAUAUAAAUAAUUAAAAAUCCAUGUACAAUUAGGAUUGUUUCCACCUGAAUAAAAUCUCGCUGCGUACUGUAUGUUAAUGAUAUUUUUACAUUGAGUGAGAACAGAGUGUGUGUAUCCAUAUUUUUUUAAUACCACUUGCCAAUAUGUAACAAUAGUGAUGUGAUUUUGACCGUUACAUUGAAUCCCUGUCUGAAUUGUUGCAACUGAGUGAUUGCCAUUAUACAGCAUUUAAACAUAGCUUCAAGAGCCAUUCUUCUAGAAAUUGUGCUGGAAUGAUAACCAAGCUAUACAAUUUCUCAGGAAGGAUGGACAUUUUGAUUUGUAUAAAAAUGAUACACUUGAUUUAACAAAAUUUGACUAUAUAGUUUAUAUUAAUUUUUACUGAUUAAAUAAAUUCAUGUGUUACCUAAGCUUCAUUCCUUUCAAAGAAUUGGAACUUAUAGCUAAUAAUGUAUUCUUGAUACUGCCACAGGCCAAUAAAAUUUCCGUCUUGGCUGUUGCCAUUGCAUUUGAAAGAUUUUUCAUUUUUGUAGAGUAGAUUGUAAGAUCUGUUGCUCACUGUUACUUUCCUAACUAAACAUGUUGUUGCAGUAUACAUGAAAAAUAUGGUGCGGCAAAUGGCAUUUAUACAAAAAACGUAACAGUAAUCAAUUAACUAAAUGGCAGCAUGGGAGGCGUUAAAACAGACUAGAACUCAUAAGUGUUACUACUCACAAAGGAAACUACUUUUUAUUUAUUAAAAGUGUACUGGUCAUCCUUUAUCAAGAUCAUGUACGUGAAGUGUAAAAUGAAAAUUGUUUUUUCUACUACAUAUGAUAAAAAGUCCUGCAAGAGCUCUAUUGCAAGUGGUGUGAAUCUGAUACAUUUGCAUUCAAAUAAGUCACAUAGUUAGGAUUAACUUUCUUUUUAAGUACUAUAUUACAAAACUAGGAAACAUGCAUAUUUAAAAUGUGCUGUGUACUUUGUUUUAAUUUUUAUUAUCAUUUUAUGUGGUUUAUUAUUAACUUUGCAUUCUCUUGAUAAUUCUUCUAAAUUGCAUACUGAACAUGACAAAGUGUUCAAGGAAGAAGCACAACUUAAAUAUUUCUCACCUUCAGUAUUUAGUCUGAAUAUUUAUUUCAUCAAUAUAGACCAUAAACACGUUAUUUUCAUUUUCUUUAAUGUUUAAAUAAUUUCUAAAAGAAAGUUAGUUACAGUAAUUUUUUGAUCAAUUUAAAUAGUGAGUUCUAGAAUGUUUUACUGUGUAAUAUUGAUAUUGUAUAUACUGUUUUCUUUGUAUCUUUUGUGAAACUUAAAUUGUAAAUGUAAAACAAUUUCUGGCACAGAGGUGACUAGUUGGUGCACUUUUCUAUGUUAUUGCUUCUUACUGCGGUCAAACAGAAAAUGUUAAGACUGGAUGCAGGACAUGAAAUGAUGGAAAUUUCCCUUUUACAUGAUGUGACUGUCUUAUAAAUGAAAUAUCUUUCUAUAUUGAAUGUACUGUCUUGUUAUUUUAGAUGUCUGAUGUUCUGUAUGCAUGAGUUAAUGAAGCACCAACUUCUUAGUAUUCCUAAAUAUCUUGAGAUUUCAUUUAUAAAUAAAUUGUUUUGAUGAAUUUUUAUCAUAUUUCUUGUAUUGUACAUAGUAAUGUAUCUUAAUUUUAAAAUGUUUUGAAAUUUUAUGUAGUCACUGGCUGCAUUCUUUAUCUAUCAUAUGAAAGGUUUUUGAAGUUAGAAUAUAAUCUUUCAAUGGAUGAUUUGUUCUUUGCAGCACCUGUUUGAAAGGAUGCAUUUUUAAGUUCAAACUAAAAGUUUUCAUUUUAAUGCAUAAAAUCAUGGCUCAAAAGCUUAUCAGCUCAUUUAUAUAUUUAACAUUUUAAAAUAUUAAAAAUUCAGUCACAAAUCCAAUAAAAAUGUUUUGCAGUUGCAUAGAUUUGUUAUUGAUUCAUCAUCAUAUUAAUAUCAAUAUCGUUGAAAUGUCUACGCAUUGUGAAUAUGUGCAUCUUUUUUUAAAAAGUGAGGCUGCUUACAAAUAAUGUGUUGAGACUGCAAGAGAUUGCCACUUGCCUGUAGCAUUUCAUAGCUUUAAAAACAAAUGAGACUUUUCUCUGUGUUAUAUACAUUGAGUUCAUAAUUGGUGAGACUGCUGCAGAUUGCAGUAUGGCAGCACAAAAUGUCAGGAAGUUUUGAUACAAAUAAAAAAUGAACACAUGUAGCAAACAUUUUGUUCAACCAUCCCCACAUUAUUUUUAUUUUUGUUAAGUGUAAAGUUUAGGAAUGUAAAAUUGUAAUGCGGUAAAGUAGAAUAAAUGUUUAUACACAUCCCUUUGAAGUCAUUUGUAUUUAGAAUACAAUUGAAAAAUAAUACAUUGUCAUUCUUCACAUCCUGUUUCAGAUUUUCCACUUAACAAUGUAUAUGCAGUGUUAUUUCUUUAUUUUACAUCUUAGAUCUCAAGAAUGUUCAUUAAACACUGGGCUAAGAAUGUGCACCAAUUGCCCUUUGUUGUUCUGUAUCAGUGGAAAAAUUAAAAAUCUAUUAUCCCCUGUAAUAAUUGAUGUAAUAGAUUAUGAAACAUGAACAAUAUACACUUUCUUGUAAGCAUGUUAUAAAAUUCCUGUAGGGUUUAUGGUAUUCAAAUCAUUCUGCAGAAAUUAAUUAUUGUACAGUUAGUUCUAUAUCUAUUCUGGUAGAUUUCAACAAAGAAAUCCAUAACGACCAUAAUGUAAUAUUUCUUAUCGAAAAGCUGUAUACCCAUAACUUAUUUAUGUAAUAUAGAACUUUGGCACUAACAUGUUUUAAAGUGCAGCUUCCUGAUUUUUCCCUCUUGUGUCUGAGAUGUCUGCUUCCAAAAAGGUGCCAUUAAUAGCAUAUUGGAACAAAAAUGCCUCCCUUAAACUGUCAUAUUUUGCAAAAAUUGCAAACAUGAUUAUAAGUGCCAGGCUAAAGAGUAAAGAAAUAACACAUAGCCACAGAGAUGUUCAAUACUUGUUUCAUAGCGUUAUGAGGUGCAAAAAAAACUUGCUUUUAACACAUAGUUUUGGCCAGAUAUUGUAUAACUGAGUCUGAUGUCAUAAUAUGCAAAUCAUUUAAAUAAUGUUCAUUGAAAGAUAAAAUGCUAUUAUGUACAUGUUCAUCAAAUAACACAUGACAUUUUACCUUAUCAUACAAAUUUGUAAAAUAAAUAAAUUGCAAAACUCUCUUUAAGUUAUGAUUUUAUUUGAAUAAUUUAGUGAUGUACCCAAGCUUUCAUUUACAAUCAAGAUAAUCUGCGAAAUUUCACUAGAUCUACUUUCUUUCAACCUGUCACCAAGUUUCCCUUUUUUAUUCAGGAAAUUUUAAGCAAUAUUUCUGUCAAUGAAUGUGAGUGCUAUCCUUGAAAAUAUUCUUUUUUUAUGCAAUGUGUUUUUAAUUGUGAGGCACAAGUAUUUUUUCUUUCUACGAGUAAAAUUUUCACAUUCACCUCGGACAAGUUUUGAUUAACUUGUACUUAAAUAUGUGGCUUGCUUACCAGAAUCUUAACUGGUAAUAGAUAAUUUGUGUCUAAGGGAUGUUGAGACUUUUUGAAGUAGCAUAUUUCAUAUUAAUGCAGAUAAAAGCCAGGAAAUUCAUAGCUUCAUAUUCUUUUUAAUUAUAAAGUGUUCAAGCCAUUGCCUCAUUAUGUGCCUUUUUUAUUUUGAUGUGUAAUUGCUAAUAGAAAUGUCCUUUAUUGUCUUUGAGUGUAUUUUGUUGAUUAAACAGUUGCUUUGGAUGGGAAAACAAUUUUGUAUGCUGUGUUUGCUUUCUUUGUUUCUUGAAUGUUUGUGAAUUAUUACGUCCAUUAAAAUAGAACUAUGAAAAUUUGUAAUCAUAUGGCAGUUUCAUUUGGGAAACAGCCACUUUCAAAAUUUAAUCAAAGAAGUAGAUCAAUUUAACUUUUAAUUUAUUUAUUCAAGUAAAUUUGUUGGAACAUUAUUACAAUCAAUACACAAAAUACACAUUUACUAUCAAUUUACAUUCAAAUUAAUUUAGAAACUAAUGUGUAAAAUCUAAAAUAGCUUUGAAAUUUAUAUUUUUGAUGUGUCAAGUUUUUUUCCCAUGUAAAUUUUCCUUCAAUCAAGAUUUUCAUUAUGACACAGCUUUAUACUGAACACAGUUGGAAAGAGAUUGGGAUCACUCGCUUGGCCUGAGAAGAUCUGUGUAUUUCUUCUUUAAUUUGGUAAGACAGCCCUCAAAUUCCUAUAAGAAAGUUCUGGUUGUUGCAAAGCCAAUAGUUGUUUUCAACUGUGCCCUUUAAAAGUAAUCUAAAGUAGCUGAUGUGAAGUUCUAAGAAAAUGUGAGAAUUAUUCUGAGUACUGAAUGCCUAAACUGAUACAAAGUACUUUUGGAUGUGCUGGCAAGUAUAACUUUUACAUGUUAUUGACCUAAAGCGUCUUUUGUUUUUGAUGUCACUCUUGUUUACUGAUUUAAAAAAAAGAUAUUUAUUUUCAAAUUUCUAAAAACAAUUCAUUAAAAGUUUACAUGUUAAAAAAUAUUUUUUAUAUUUAUACUAUCAAAAUGUUUAAAUACAUACAAUUGUUUCUAUAAUUAAAA